AAAGUUUUAUGAUAAUUUCAAAGUGGUUUUAAUUUAAUAAUUAACUGCAUGCAAUGUGUUUGUUACAUGAAUUUUGUUGAUGAAAAAGCAUUGAUAUAGGGUAUAAAAUAAAAAGAGUAAAUUUUUAAAAUUUAUACUCUUCAAAGAGUUGUAGAGGAAGAGUUAAAGCAUUUUUUUAGAAUUGCUAGAACAGCUAAACCGCACAGAGCAAUAUAUUGCUGAGACAGUUUGCACAGUUUGCUAACAUUAUUAAUGCUGAUUGCACGUGAGUGACGGGAAUAUCUGAAAAAAAAAACAAUUUUCUGUUUUAUAUAUAUUUCCACAAAAAUAUUAAACAUAAAUAUAUAUACAAAAAGUGAAAUAUUUUUGAAGUAUAUUCAAUAUGACAGAUCGCUUCGUUACUUUGGAUAUAGACAAUGAUGCAUCCGGUCGUCGCAAAAGGAGUACGUCAAAUAAUGUUAGUCAGGGCGAAAACCCUCAUGAACUCAACGCCACGGCUCUGUUUGAUGGAUCAUCUAGAACACGUAGACCCGAAAGUAUAACGGACACCGAUGGUGAUGACGAGGUUCGCGUUGUGGGUCCCCACACUGGUGUUGACGAUGGUUUACUGCCGACAGGUUUUGAACGCGGCGCAGGCGAACGUCCUCAUAGAAAUCCCUCACCCAGACGCACAAGCAAUGCUUUUCCCAGCUACGAUGACUCCGGUUUCGUAGAAAUCAAUGGUGUACGAACCGCAGUGCCUGAUGUAAAUGCGUAUCAACAUAAGAAAACUUUAGCUCAAGGUAUGAUGGAUUUAGCUCUUCUAUCCGCAAAUGCUAAUCAAUUACGUUACGUACUGGAAACGUACAAACGGCAUCCCUAUUAUUAUCCCAGCAUAGUAUUUAUAUCUAUGAGUAUUAUUUUUCAGGUAGCUGUUGGUGUGGGCCUCAUAUUAAACGGCAAAUACAAUAUUAAGAACAAGGCGGACAUAUGCCGAGCGAAUCGUAUAAAUAAUUAUACUGUGAUCGGUAUAUUCGUUAUUACGGUAGUCAAUGUUUUCAUAUCCGCUUUUGGAGUUGCAGAUCCGCUGCCAUAAAUUAAAUUACAAUUUGUGACCACCGUCCAAGCAACUUGCUGGCAGCCAUUGAAAACGUAACUGUGUCUACUGAAACCUCCGUCCCGGCCCAACAGAGAAAGUGAAAUUUUCCUUCAUAUUUCAACUAUUGCUAGCAGGAUACCAAAACCAAAUCCACUAUCUUAACUCUAAUCCGACCGCCUUAGGCGUUUGAGGCUCAUUUGAGCUUUGGACUUAAAAUUUUCGAUUAUUUCACUUUGCAUUUCCAAAAGAUUUUAUUUUACUUUAUUUUAAGUUAAAAACAAGUAAAACAGCGCAGUGGAGCACGGCCUGCUGUUAAAUGCCCUACACCACACCUUCGCUUAGUUCAGUGACUCAUAUAACGUGUUAUCUCCGUAGUCUGUCUGUCUGUCUUCUUUUAGUUUUGUGAGUCAGCAGAUUAACAACACGUGACUCAGCCAGUUGCAACAACUGUGUUUGCUUAGUUGGUAAAUUGGUCAUAGGGAAGCCUAUGUAGAUCUUCGAUCAAUAAAUAUAAUUUUUCUAAUACCCCUAAUGUGACUUUUCAAAAUAAAGCUGUUAUAUGCGAAGUGGUCAUAAAUAUUGUUCGAUCUAUGUUGAAAUGCUUUCGUUCUUGGGGCACAAUAGAUCGGUAUACCAAAUUUCAUUAAUAUAUCUCAAAAAUUGCGACAUGUAGGUUUGACAGCUUCGGAAAGUGAUACAGAAUCGAUCGAUAUAAUAAAGAAUGGGACCAUCUCAAGUCCUUGUGGCUAUUGCAUACAUCCCUACAAACGAAAAAUAUACUUCUACCUUGCAGUUUAAGGUAUAAAAGCAUCCGUAUAGAUGAGAACAUUUAGAAGCUUAUAUAUGUAAUAGCAUAAUAUAUAGCACACUUUAAGCCAUGCAGUCCAUUUUCAAUGGCAACAUGCGCCGACAAACCUCCAAUAGUUAAACCAAAAAUUUUUUAAGCCGAUAUCUCAAUUUUUGCCAGUGGGGAAAUAUUUACCACAAAACAUUACACACAAGAACAAACGAAUUUGCCAAAAAUUACUUAUUAAUCGGGAAUAUACGUAAUCUAUGAAAUGAUGAGUACAAAAACAGCAAAAUGAAGCAAGCACUAAUUUGCAAACGGAAGAAGAAGAAAAAUCGAUGUAGGCAGAAAGACAAUACCUUUUAGGCUUCAGUAUACAUAAAAAAUUAAUAAAAUUAUCAUUUAGUAAUGUACGUACGUAUAACUUGAGCGUUUUGGUCAACUGGUUAAAAGCAUGCUACUUGCAAAUUUUAUAUAUAUUCCAUCAUCUACAUACGUUAUAUAAAUACAGGUUUUAAUUUUAAUGGUAUUUAACAUUAUGGAAGCAUUACUUUGUAACACAAAACAAGCAUACUGAUAUUAUCUUUUUGAAUGUAAGUUAUAUUCAACAGCACACCUUUUUUUUUAGGAGAUGUACUGGCAGAAAAAAGAAAACAAAAAAACGUUCCGGACGUACACGGACACGACUUUGAUUUAAAAAAAAUUUAAUUACGUAAUGUAAAGAAAUAAUAAAAUAAACAAACAAGAACGUCAUAUUCGGCGG